GGUCUUGGUUGGUGCUCCCAAGGCAGAAUCUAAAUACAGCACCUCUGUUCAGUCCCCAGGAGCGGUGUUUAAAUGUCGAGUCCAUACCAAUCCAGACAGAAGAUGCACAGAACUGGAUAUGGGUCGAGGCAAUUCUCGGGGCACGCUCUGCGGAAAGACCUGCAGAGAAGACCGAGAUGACGAAUGGAUGGGCGUGAGCCUGGCGAGACAGCCAAAGGCCGGUGGAAGUGUGCUGGCAUGUGCGCACCGCUGGAAAAACAUCUACUAUGAGACUGAGUACAUCCUGCCCCAUGGCUUCUGCAACAUCAUUCCGCCCAACCUGCAGCCCAACGGGAGGAAGCUCUUGCCCUGCUAUGAAGAGUACAAGAAGAAGUAUGGGGAGGAGCAUGGCUCGUGCCAGGCAGGAAUUGCAGGCUUCUUCACUGAGGAGCUGGUCAUCAUGGGGGCACCGGGAUCUUAUUAUUGGACAGGAACUGUCAAAGUGCUGAAUCUCACUGAUAACACAUACUACAAGCUGAACGAUGAUGCUGUGAUAGCCAGGCGGUACACGUACCUUGGAUACGCGGUGACAGCAGGUCAUUUCUCGCAGCCGACUACCACGGACAUUGUAGGAGGAGCUCCCCAGGAUGGAGGCAUCGGAAAGGUUUAUAUUUUCAGAACAGAUAGACGAUCAGGCUCGCUAAUAAAGAUUUUUCAGGCUUCAGGAAAAAAGAUGGGCUCUUACUUUGGCUCCUCCUUAUGUGCAGUUGAUCUGAACUCUGACGGGUUGUCAGACCUGCUGGUCGGAGCACCUAUGUUUUCUGAGAUCAGAGAUGAAGGUCAAGUCACAGUCUAUAUCAACAGAGGAAACGGAGUGCUGGAAGAGCAGCUUGUCCUGGAUGGUGACGGUGCCUACAACGCGCACUUUGGGGAGAGCAUGGCUGCCCUCGGCGACAUUGAUGACGAUGGCUUCCCAGAUGUUGCCAUUGGGGCGCCUAAGGAGGAUAAUUACGUGGGAGCGGUGUACAUUUAUCAUGGGGAUGCCAAUGGAAUUGUACAUCAGUACUCUAUGAAGCUGUCUGGGCAGACAAUUAACCCGAUGCUGCGGAUGUUCGGCCAGUCCAUAUCAGGGGGAGUUGAUAUGGAUGGCAAUGGUUAUCCAGAUAUGACCGUUGGAGCCUUCUUGUCAGACAAUGUGGUACUUCUGAGAUCCAGGCCUGUCAUCACCAUGGACAUCUCCAUUUUCCUACCUGUGUCCAUCAAUAUCACGGCUCCUCAAUGCCACGAUGGUUUGCAGCCGGUGAACUGCCUCAACGUCACAGCAUGCUUUCGCUUCAGUGGCAAACGUGUUCCUGGAGAAAUAGAUUUGAAUUAUAACUUGACUGCUGAUGUGGCAAAGAAGGAAAAGAGCCAGCAACCCAGAGUUUACUUUGUGACUUCUGGAGAGACAGUGGGACAAAUCACAGAGAAGUUACAACUGUCCUACAUGCAGGAAAAGUGCGAGCAUUACCUAGCGUAUGUCAAG